CAACUGUUUUUAAGAGAACAGGGGAGCCAGACCCAAGGACCAAUAGUGAGUUCUUCGGCUAUUUUUGGCAAUUGCGGGUUGUUCGAGAAAAGAAAGGAUAAAGCGAACAAAGCGAGUAACGUGUAA